CUGGCCUUGAUGUUGGCGACGAUGUGGCGCAGCUCCAUAACCCCUUCGUCGACUGAAUGAAGUACGAGGGCGAGGAAACGGUGCUAUUCGACCGCGGCUACGGGCUCUCGAAGGUGCUACCAUGGCUCGUCCAGUCGCUCGGUCCAUGGGUACAGGUCAGCGGCGGUGGGGUCGGCCCUGCUGGCAACAACGACGACAUCUCUGGUCGCGACUGGCUGUACGUGGAAGAGCUGUCGGGGGUAUUUUACACAACGCCAAGGUUGAGGCUGGAGUGCAUUGUUGUGGACCAGCCGCAGCAUCGCCUAUGGUGCGCCAAGUCCAAGGACUCGAUGCAGCUCGACAACAUCAGCUUUGUCAUUCCUGUUGAAGACGCCAGCACACAUCCGUCGUGGAAAGUCGUCGUACAAGACCCGAGGCAGUACCAAGAAUGGGUUAUAUGCUUUCCAGAACGGACGAAGAUGUUGCAAUGGGUCGACUUGCUUCGUCGAGUGAUGGAUGUAACAGGUUGUAGAGGCGUCGUCCGCGACUGCGUGCGGCUCACAACCCCAAACAACUGAACAUCUCCGCCUUUUUCAAGUGCAUAAAAAUCGUAAUUUAUCCGACCGGGCUUCUGAA